AUGGGUGACCAAUUUGAUAUAAGCACUAUCUUGAGUAACAUGCCUUAUGAAACUAGACCUUGUAGUGAACGUGAGGAGAAGCAGGAGUGGUGGGAAUCCGUCAGUGACUUCUCUCUAGCGAAAGAUGUUGAGAAGAAGCUUCAGGAUCCCGAAUAUCUUGCCCACUACCGGAGGAAACGGGUGAGCAGUCUGAGCACCGAAAGAAACGUAGAAACCCUGGUGGUCGCCGACAAGAUGAUGAUGGGUUACCAUGGGGAGACCAGCAUCGAAUCCUACCUCCUCACUCUCAUGAACAUUGUGGCGAAUCUUUACCAUGAUGGGAGUAUAGAGAAUGCUAUCAAUGUUGUGGUCACCAGGAUGCUACUCCUUACACAAGAUCAGAGAAACCUCAGCUUGAGUCAUCUUGCUGGUAAAUCGUUACAAAGCUUCUGCGAGUGGCAGCAUGCCAUGAAUCCAACACCUAAUCACAACAUGAACAUCUCCAACGACAUGCUGGUGUUUCCUAACCAUGAUAAUGCUGUGCUGAUAACAAGAUACGAUCUUUGCAUGAGAUACAACCAACCUUGCGGCACAAUCGGUCUUGCUCCUGUUGGCGUCAUGUGUAGACCAGAUCAGAGCUGUAAUAUAAAUGAAGAUACAGGAUUAGCAACAGCAUUUACUAUAGCACAUGAGAUAGGCCACAAUUUUGGUAUGAAGCAUGAUGGCGAUGGUAAUGCCUGUGGAUCAAGAGGGGGUAUCAUGGCGGAUCAGAUUACUGAAAACAGUGACCCAUACUCAUGGUCUGAAUGCAGUGCUCACUACAUCACAUCAUACAUAGAGUCAGGUAAAGCGAUAUGCCUUGACGAUGUUCCGCAGCUAGCAGACUAUUGGUUACCUACUGCCAUGCCAGGUGAACUAGUAGAUGGGAACCAACAGUGUCAGCUACAGUACGGCCAGGGUGCCAAGGCUUGUAAUACCAAUAAUAUAUGUCGGGAGCUAGCUUGUCAGAAGCCAAACACAAGAGCAUGUUGGAGAACAGGAACACCGGCUGCGGAAGGAACGCGAUGCCAAACAUCUCUUAUAUCAGAAGGAUGGUGCUAUCUAGGCGACUGUGUAGAGUAUGGGACCAGACCUCAAGCUGUGGAUGGUUCCUGGGGGACCUGGUCCUCGUGGUCAGACUGUUCCAGGACCUGUGGUGGGGGUGUCUCAAACUCAGAGAGACAGUGCAAUAAUCCCGAGCCAAGAAAUCGAGGCCAGUACUGCACAGGAGAGAGAAGUAGAUAUAGAUCAUGUAAUACCAAUGAUUGUCCCGAAAACUCGCGAGACUUUCUCUCCGUCCAAUGUUCAGCCUUGAACAACGAGGUCUACCACGGUCAGUUCUAUACGUGGGAGCCGUACGUGAGUCCGAACCCCGAACCUUGCCAGCUUUCGUGUGUUUCCUCCGGGGGAAACCAUCUUCGGAGGAUACCGAAGGUGGUCGAUGGAACGAGAUGCUACUCCAAGAGACACAAACCGGAUUCUCUUGAUAUAUGCAUCAACGGGAAGUGCCAUGCUGUAGGAUGUGAUAAGAUAUUAGGCUCGGAAGCCAGGGAAGACAAGUGUCGUGUGUGCGGGGGAGAUGGGAGUUCAUGUGAGACUGUUGUAGGUACAUACAACGGGGAGCUGGUUGCAGGAGACUACCAAGAAAUCCUUACCAUUCCUAGAGGUUCUGUCCACAUCAGUCUGCAAGAGAUGGCCAUUUCUAGAAACUAUUUAGCGCUGAAGUCGGUGAAUAAUGAUUACUACAUUAAUGCUGAGUGGAUGAUAGAUUGGCCAAAAUCUUAUGAUGUGGCAGGGUCCACUUUCAUCUAUGAGAGACCUGAUGAUGCACCAGAGAUGCUCAGGGCACUAGGACCAACCAAUCAAGAACUUGUUGUCAUGUUACUGGUUCAGGAAGAAAAUCAGGGGAUCAGAUAUUCUUUCAAUCGUCCGGUAACGAGAACAAACCAAGGCGAUAGACAGAUGGCGUUUACAUGGGAGAGACGGGAAUGGUCACAGUGCUCUGUUACCUGUGCAGGAGGUGUAUCGGUAUCUGAGAUGCAGUGUGUAAGAGUAGAUGAUGAGACCGUUGUUAGCGAUACAUUCUGUGAUCAUCCUAAACCUGAGAGGAGGACCGUAUCAUGCAAUACACAGGCUUGCCCACCUGAAUGGCAGAUAUCUGCAUGGUCUGAGUGUACGAGGACGUGUGGUAACGGAGAGAAGACCAGGACAGUUCUAUGUACAACCAAGGUGACCCAACACGAAGAUGAGGUGGUGGACGAGGCGUUAUGUGAGGAACAUAAACCAGCGGAGAUCAUGACGUGCGGUCACAGGGAAUGUCCACCUGUAUGGAUCACUGGACCUUGGGCACAGUGUUAUCCAUCGUGUGGACCCGGUCACAAACAGCGUCACGUCCAGUGCAUGAGCAGUGACCGGAGGCAGACCUAUUCACAUAUCAUGUGUAACAAAGCAGACAUGCCGGUCUACAGAAUGCCGUGCAACCUAGGGGAUUGCCCUCCACCUAGGUGGAUUGCUGGUGAUUGGAGUGAGUGCAAUACUCGGUGUGGUAUGGGUCAGCAGAACCGGCCAGUCAGCUGUAUGGCUCAGAACGGUCUCAUACUCCGAGAUCAGAACUGCCAUGCUUCAGAGAGACCAAGUAGACAAAGACAGUGUGAGAGUCCAUGUGGUGCAAUACCUGCACCACCAGAGAGUUGUCAAGAUGCCAGCUCUGUCACAUACUGCCCUCUUGUCAAGAAAUUCAGAUUUUGCAACAACGAAUACUUCCGCAAAAUGUGCUGCAGAACCUGCUCCAGCUGAUAGGGUGUCCUGUCAGGUGGUUAGGUCAUGUGACUGAUCAUGUGAUAGGAUGCAGCAAGAACUGCCAUGAAUUAUAUGCAACUGUCUUCCAUCCAGCACUAUGCAGCAUUCUUGUUUUUUUUUUAAUUGUCAAAUGUGUUUUGUAUGAGGGGAGGUAUGUAACCAACUAGGCUUUCAUUUUGUUUUAUAUAUGUAAUAAUAUAUCAUGGUCACCUGAUUCUUUAUUUGUCAUGUGAUCAAGUGUCACAUGAUUAGUGUGCCACAGAUUGUUUCAAUGUGAUUUUAACUAUACAGUGUAAUAUGCUACCUGUUUCUUUGCAUUGAGAAAAGACAAACUUGUCUUACAGAUACCAACCUCACAACUGUUAUAUAUGUAUUUUUUUAUAUUUUGUCAUUUUGUAAACAAUGCAAAUAAAGGGAAUUAUCCUCAAUACAAUACUUCAAUAAUAUUAACUUGUUUAUGAUUUAAUUGAGGUUUAAUUUAUUUAUGGGCAAUUACCAGCUAUAUGGAUUGAUGGUGCCUUUAAGAAUUACCCCACCUUUGCCAAAAGAGAGUCAGCCUUAAAAAAAAAUAUUCUUGAUAUUGAUAUUAAUCAGUGCAUUUUGAUUUCUCCUUCAACAUGGUGCUUAUUUUUACCAAUUGUUUGCUGCGCACUAGAGAUGAUGUUAAGAAUAUUUUACAUAUAUAUUUUUUUGAAAAUAUUUCUCUUACUGUGCAGAUAGCAUCAAAAUGAAUUUCAUGUGUACAGCAUCUAAUUUUUUUAAAUGUUAUUUUAAUUGUAACAAAGAUAAUUUUCGUUUGUAAAAUGGAUUAUUUUUACUUCUUUGUUUGUAUAUUGAAUUUAAGAAGAUUAAACUAUUUAAAAGUACUUAAUGUGAAAGUUUGUGCUGUGUGUGAUCUAGAUUAGAGAAACAGUUUUGUUAGAAAUUUAAGUCACUCAUAUCAACUCUACUAGAGCAGAAUGGAUUUGGUUUGCAGAAGAAUAAGCAUUUGUGUAUUAUUUCAAUUUACGAUGUAAUAGUUAUAACUCCUGUGUAAAUUUAUUAUUCGUUGAAUCUGUUACGAGUAAUGAAAACCCUUUCAAAUUAAGAUUAAAAUGUUUUAUAGCAGGUAUAUUGCUUGGAUUUGAGAUCAUCACAUCUUCAGUAAUGGAGAUUAUGAUAUGGGAGUACCACAGUGCACUGCUUUAGGUCCAUUAAUGUUUAUGUUAACUUACAUGUCAGGGGAGUGUUUCAUGACACAUUUUGUCAGUGAUUUUCACUGAAAAAUAUGC